AUGUCUCCCAAGUCGAUUCCAACUGUUUCAGCAAACAACAACCAGAAGAAUAUCCAAGAAGGGGAACAUGCAAUCGGUUUAGAACUGUUUGCGAACACCCUCUCUGGUUUCCCGGCGAUAUUUAAAACGCUCAAUUCCGACUUUAUCGUCCAAGAAAUCACCGAAAGUGGCGAAGUGUGCUCGUUGACCGAACUCGAACCUCUCGUCGAUCGAGAGUUGGAAAGGAAAGAGAAAGCGAUGUUGGAAAACACGACGGUGACGAAAAUCAUCGAAGAAGAUGAUAACGACGAUGAUCGGGGUGGCGGCGACGCGAAUGAGAGUUCUAACAACGUCGUCGUGGUCAAAGAAGAGAUAUUUGAAGAGUUCAAGAAGAUUUCAGGGAGCGAGGAAGACGUGGAGCGGUUGCGCGCGUUUCUGAAUACGCCAGGGGUGAGACGAGGGACUCAACCCCUAUUACAAGUUUUAGAAGACGGCGACGGCGACGGCGGCGAGGGGAAAAUUGGCAUUCUUGAACCAUUAGUAUUAGCACCCUCCAAAGAUAAAGAACACAGAAAGCAACUGCACGCGUUUUUUCGGCAGUUUCAACUCGAUACAGAUUCUGUGACGCUAGACAAUGGACAUCCGAAUGCGACGAAUGGGCAAAAUUUAUGCAUUCGCGUGCACCCAUCCUCGGGGGGAGGCAAGAAGAGAGGCGCGAGAGACGACGAUAAUAAAAGCAAAAACAACAAGCGGCACAAGAAAGCCACUCCAGAUACGCGACCGAAAUGGCCAGCAGAUCUCCCGACGACUUUGCAGUUCGUGAUGUGUAAAUCGGGAAGAGAUACGACAGAUGCACUGAAUCAACUUGGCAACCUUCUGAAAUGUAACCCGAAACGGUUUCAAAUAGCUGGUACGAAGGAUAAGCGAGCAGUUACGACGCAAAGAAUAUCAGUUUAUAAGUACCGAGCGUACCGACUCGCUUCUUUGAACAAAGCGUGUAAAGAUAUAAAGAUUGGUAACUUCACCUACGUCGAAAGACCGCUGUAUUUCGGCAAAUCGAUGGGGAACGCAUUCAUCAUCUGUCUUAGAAACAUAGAUGAACGGCUCAAAGAGACUGUAAUAGCUGGUAUUAACGCCUUGCGCGAAACUGGAACGAUUAAUUAUUUCGGCGCUCAGCGAUUUGGCAACGUAUCGUCGACAACACAGGAUGCUUCAGAGACAUCAACCGGCACGACGCAUAAAAUUGGAGCGUUGCUCUUAAAUGGUAAGUUCAAGGAAGCCGUAGAUGUUAUAUUACAGCCAAAGAUGAAAGAAUCCACGAAGAUUAAGCAAGCAAAGGAGAAAUAUCUCGAAACUAAAGACGCGCAGGAAGCUUUGAGAACGAUUCCUAGAUUUAUGCACAUAGAACGCGCGAUAUUAGAGGUGCAAGCAGCGAAGGGCCGCGAAAACGAUUUCUGCGGACAGCUAACAGCCAUUCCGAGCAAGAUGAAGCGCAUGUAUAUUAACGCGUACCAGAGUUAUUUAUGGAAUAAAGUUGCGAGCGAACGAGUCCGAAAAUUUGGAAUCAACACAGUCGUAGAGGGUGAUUUAGUCGCCAUUAUAGACGACGAAGACAACGGGAAAACAGCGGAAGAGAUUCAAAAACAUUCGGACGAAGCCUAUGAUAAAGGUCUCAAACGUGGCGAAAAUUUGAAGAAAGUGAAACUUGUCACAGCUGAAGACGUCUCGAAGAAUGCUUUUGAUCCCUCCGAUGUCGUUUUACCAGUUCCUGGACACGCAGUUAUCUACCCUUCUUGGGCAGCAACCAAAGCAGACGGCGAAGACGAUAAAACGUUGGACGGCAAAGCUCUGUUUCACGAGCUCGCCAUGAACAAAGACGGCGUAGACUUAGAGCUCACGAAACAUUCCAUCAUGGAAUUUUCUAUGCGAUCGUACCCGGGCGAUUAUCGCAGACUCUUUCUAAAACCGAAAGAUCUUGAAUGCGAGUUCAUGCGAUACGAUGAUUCGAAAAUAGAUUUACUGAAAACGGACAUGGACGCUUUCGUCAAGAAGAAUAUGAAAAAUACCGACGAAGACGACGACGGCGACAAAAAAGUAGAGAAGAAAGGAGGAAAACUUCUCGCCGCGAAACUCUCCUUCAAGCUCGGCGCUGGCAAUUACGCGACGAUGAUUUUGCGAGAGCUCACGAAAGCUCAAGCCAGAGAAUAUUCCUCGCACUAG